UUUGGAACUUGUUUCGCCAUCCCUCAUCACCGUCCCCGUUUCACGUGCCACAUCAAUAGGUCAUUCCCUGUAUGUGGCCUUGGGUCAUUCACUGAUUUCGCUGAUUCUUUGGUGACCUCAGACCUGGGACUUCUGUGAUUUUGGUGUGAUCAUGAUUGGGGGGUUGCAACUCGCAGGGUGACUGAUGCUGUGUCGUCAUGCAUGUCGAUGGUUUAUGUGUAAAUGCAGUUGCCAAAUUAUACAUUUAUGCCAUUAUUCUGUACAUAGUUAUUGUUAUGAACCUCUGAAUCCUGAUCCCUACUUAUCUUAUCUAAUAAUACUUAUACUUAUACUUAUAAUGUGCGGAAUUUUGAAAGGCCACUUGGCCUCAAGGAUCCGGUCCUAUCGAGCUCCUUGCAGUUGCAAUGCCUUGACUCAGUCGUUAAGAUGAGUUGUGUAUUUCGAAUGUGCCCAGUGUUUGUCCAGUCUGGCUUUGAAUGCGUUUAGGCUGGGAGCGUCGACGACUGAUGGCGGUAGUGCAUUCCAAUCGUUGAUGACGCGGACGGAGAAGACAUUUCGACGCACUCGGGAGACGGCCCUCGGUUUUGACAGCUUCCAUCGGUGUCCGCGGGUGUUGCCUGCCACCGCCGCCGCGAAGAACCUCUCCGCCUCGAGGUCGAUCCCCUGUCUCAGCACCUGGUAGACAGUUAUCAUGUCACCACGGCGACAGCGGUGGUAGAGAGACGGCAUGUCGAGGAUCCGGAGCCUCUCCUCAUACGGCUGAUUUCGGAUGGUGGCGACCAGCUUCGUGGCCCUCCUCUGAACCUUUUCUACGCGCCUCUGGUCCUCCCGAUUGAAGGGUCCCCAGAUGGAAUUGGCAUAUUCAAGGUGAGGCCGCACCAUCGUUCGGAACAGCAGAGGCAGAGUAUUCUCAUCUAGAAGGGCAAAACUUCGGCGGAUCACGGACAGGAUGCGCGAAGCCUUCGUAAUCGCUGCAGCUGCCUGGUCGCGGAACUUGAGUUGAUGGUCGACGUAUCCCGAGGUCCUUCUCCACCGAGGUCUGGUCCAGCUGUGUGUCACCCAUGCAGUAGACGUGGUUGCCGUUGCGGGGGCCCAGAUGCAGUGACUUGCACUUUGCUCUGUUGAAGGGCAGCUGCCAACGCUCCGACCAUUCAACAAGCGUAUCUAGGUCGGCUUGGAGGCUGAGAACGUCUGAUGCCCGGCUGACACUCCUGUAAAUUUUCGUGUCGUCUGCGAACAUCUUGAUAGAGGACGCGACUUCGCCGGGCAGGUCAUUGACAUAGACAACAAACAACAGCGGACCCAAGACAGUUCCCUGUGGUACCCCGCUGGUCACCGCGGCCCACUCCGACCGUGCACCGUUCACACGGACCCUCUGUUGUCUUCCCGUGAGGAACGCCUGCACCCACUUCAGGAGCUUGCCAUCAACACCGCAGGCCCGCAGCUUCAGAAGCAGGCGCUGGUGUGGAACAGAGUUGAACGCUUUGCUAAAAUCAAGGUAAACAGCAUCAAUUGAGUCACCCUUUUCUAGGCCUCUGGUCCACUCUUCAAGAGUCUCGAGAAGUUGAGUGCAACAGGAUCUCCUCGGUCUGAAUCCGUGCUGUGCACCACUCAACUGUCCCGUCCGGGUGAGAUGUGCCAUCAGCUGGUCGCGUAUCAACGAUUCUAGCACUUUACAGGGGACUGCUGUGAGAGUGACCGGUCUGUAGUUAAGAGGAGACGUCCUGAGGCCCUUUUUGAAGAUUGGGACGAUUUCAUCAACGCACCAGUCUCUUGGGAGGAUACCAGAGUCCACAGAGGAACGGAACAGCCGUGUCCAUGUCUCCGCCAUCGCUUCUGCCGUCUCGCGAAGAACUCUGGGGUGAAGUCCGUCCGGCCCUGGUGCACUGUCCGCGUUGAGCUUGAGAAGCUUCCCUUUCACCGAUGCAACGCUGAUGUCCACGUCUUCCAGACGGGGGCCCAGAUAGGAAGGAGUUAACGAAGGCAAGACAGCUGAUUCAGUAGUAAAGACACUUUGGAAACAACGAUUUAGCAGGCUCGCUUUCUCACUGUCUUGCCGUGCCAUCGUCCCAUCAUCACCUUUCAGGUCCUCAACUCUUAAUUUGGUGCGCAAUCGUGAGCCAGUGUAACGCCAGAAUCCUUUGGGGUUUUCUCGGAGGUCUGCGACUAGCUUCUUCUCAAAACCUGCUCUAAGGUUACGGGUAAGCGUACGCAGCUUAUUCCGGGCGCGAGUGAAGCGUGCAUAGUCCAGCGGGUCUCUUGUGCGUACAUACUGAAACCACAUAGAGCGUUUGAGCUUCUUGAGCCGCAGGGCCUCCCGUUUGAUAUACAGACUCCUGUUUGAGACUCCUGUUUUUUGUUGUCAUUUGUCCAAAGCAUUUCCUUUUGUUUUGUUUAAGUUUUACCAAUGUCAAUUUAUUUGUCUUAAAUCAUGAAAUGCCCUGGUGAUGAAAUGCCCUUGGCGAGGGGUAUGCAGGUCGAUGCCAGAGAUAGGAGAGUGUCCUUGAUAACACUGUACAUGGUUUCAGUCUCGAGUUCUGCAGUACGUGUCCAGUUAGUUGAUGACAAGGUGAAAUAAGCUGCUGAUUUGGUACUCCUGGUCCAACCGCAGUCUGCCUGAUCGUUAUGGCGUUUGCUGGUAAAGUAGUGCUGGUGACGGGCGCCUCCUCCGGUAUCGGCGCCGCCACCGCGCGGCUGCUGGCUGCCCGGGGUGCCACCCUGGCGUUGACUGGUCGUCGCGCGGACAACCUGCAGCGUGUGGCUGCCGACUGUGAGGGCGCCGGCGGCCGGCCAUUCACCAUCGAGGCGGAGCUGGCGCGCGAGGCGGACACGGCGCAGCUGGUGGAGCGCGCCGUGGGCCACCACGGCCGGCUGGACGUGCUGGUCAACUGCGCCGGCAUCCUGGAGACGGGCAGCGUGGAGAACACCUCGCUGGCGCAGUACGACCGCGUCAUGGGCGUCAACGUUCGCGCCGUGUACCAGCUGAGCACGCUGGCGGCGCCGCACCUGAUCGCCAGCCGCGGCAACAUCGUCAACGUCUCCAGCGUCAACGGACUGCGCUCGUUCCCCGGCCUGCUCGCCUACAACACGUCCAAGGCGGCGCUGGACCAGCUGACGCGCUGUUUGGCGCUGGAGCUGGCGCCGCACCAGGUGCGGGUCAACAGCGUCAAUCCGGGCGUCAUCAUCACAGAGCUGCAGAAGCGCGGCGGACUGGACGACAAAGCGUACGCCGCCUUCCUGGAGCGGAGUAAGGAGACGCACGCGCUCGGUCGGCCCGGUCAGGCGGAGGAGGUGGCGGCUGCCAUCGCGUUUUUGGCGUCAGAUGAGGCGUCCUUUAUCACAGGUGCCACCCUGCCGGUGGACGGUGGUCGCCACGCCAUGUGUCCCCGCUGAGCGCCACACAGGCCGGCGAUGCCUUUCGGGGAGGUAAGGGGGGCGGAUGGGGGGGGGGGGGACGGAACUGCCAGCUGUUGUGCAAUGUGCAAUAUUGGGAGAGGCUGUAAUUGACAGUUGGGUUGGACGGUAAGAUGGUACCUGUGAGCGCAGUGAAAGCUUUUCUAUACUUUUGUACCGAGGUUAGUUGUUAGGCUGUUAUGGAGCGCUGCGGUUUGUGGAUUGAAGGAUGAAGCUUACGGGUGCUGGUUUAGGCGUAACACUAGUGCCGCUGGCAGGGUCGCUGUAAUGCUUACCGGUGUCUGCGUGGUUAGAAAUGUUGCUACAGCAUCCCGAGUUGAUCCGAAAUAUAUUUGCUGACAUUGAA